AUGCAAAUUUUCGUUAAGACCCUCACUGGCAAGACCAUCACUCUCGAAGUUGAGAGUUCAGAUACCAUAGACAAUGUUAAGGCCAAGAUUCAAGACAAGGAAGGGAUCCCACCUGACCAGCAGCGUCUCAUUUUUGCCGGCAAACAACUAGAGGAUGGCCGUACCCUUGCUGAUUACAACAUACAGAAGGAAUCUACACUCCAUUUGGUGCUCCGUCUCCGUGGUGGGAUGCAAAUCUUUGUGAAAACUCUCACUGGAAAGACCAUCACCCUUGAGGUCGAGAGCUCUGAUACCAUUGACAAUGUCAAAGCCAAGAUUCAGGAUAAAGAGGGCAUUCCACCCGACCAACAGAGGCUUAUCUUUGCUGGCAAACAGCUUGAGGAUGGCAGAACUUUAGCAGAUUACAACAUUCAGAAAGAGUCAACUCUCCAUCUUGUGUUGCGUCUUCGUGGUGGUAUGCAGAUUUUCGUCAAGACUCUUACUGGCAAGACAAUUACUUUGGAGGUAGAGAGCUCAGACACUAUUGACAAUGUGAAGGCUAAGAUACAGGACAAGGAGGGUAUUCCCCCAGACCAGCAGAGAUUGAUUUUUGCGGGAAAGCAGCUUGAAGAUGGCCGAACUUUGGCCGAUUAUAACAUUCAGAAGGAGUCCACCCUUCACCUUGUUCUUCGUCUGAGGGGAGGUAUGCAGAUCUUCGUGAAGACUUUGACCGGAAAGACCAUUACCUUAGAGGUAGAAAGUUCAGACACCAUUGAUAACGUGAAGGCAAAAAUACAAGACAAGGAGGGAAUCCCACCAGAUCAGCAGAGGUUGAUCUUUGCUGGAAAGCAAUUGGAAGAUGGAAGGACCCUUGCGGAUUACAACAUUCAGAAGGAGUCUACACUUCACCUAGUUUUGCGCCUUCGCGGUGGAAGUUAA